UAUCUAUUGUAGGGUUUUAUCGCCGCUUUAAAUAUCGCUAAAGAACGCCUCGUUUAAGCGCGAUAUUAACGCCGCGAGCGAUAAAAAAAAAUUAUUUAAGAACAAGAAAAACCACGCUAUUAUUAUUACUACUUUUAAUUGUUUAUCGUCAACGGGUGCUCGCAAGAUGAACGAGUCGAAGAACCAGUCGGCGAGUAAACCGAAGCCCGGCUCACUGGACUCGGCCACCAAGAGGGACAAGCCGAGGACCCCGAAAGAGGCCGGCAACAAAUUGGACAAAAACAAGCAGCAAAAGACGGCACUGCAGGAGACCAAGGCGCGGCAGAGAGCCGAGAUCUACGCGCUCAACAAGGUGAUGACAGAACUGGAGCAGCAGCAGUUUGAGGAGUUCUGCCGCCAGAUGCACCAGCAGAUCGCCAACGGGGAGGAAGGCGGCACGGAGGCGCACGACGGCGACAUCAUCGCCGCGUGCCGCGUCUGAUUGCGGCCACCAAGAAAGAGCAACCCCUUACACCUCUCACACCCCCCCCGCCCCCCACUUCCCUCCUCCCCCCCCACUAUCGCCCUCACCGAGAGCCACGUGCAAGCGACCCGGCGGUCGAAAUCGAGAUUCUUAACUUGGCGUCAGAACAAUCGGCGCAAUUCACGGACGCGGUUCGAUUUGCGAGAUUGUUCUUUUGAUGUCAAAUGGUAGCGCCUCCAGUGGCUGCUGCUGCUGCUGCUGGGGUGACGUGAGCCUGUCGUGCAGAACUUGGCGCGAAGCAAAAAAAGCAUUGGUUGUUACACGCGCGAUCUCAUGCAUUCAUAGCGGGUCGAAUAAUCGGUAUUGAUCGACGACUUUACACUUCGUUCUACCCAAUUUUUCUUAAGCUCCGUAAUACGGCAAUCGGAUUAUGUGCAGGGUAAUCGGUCGAUGCAAAUUAUACACGGACACACGUCGAAGCCAUUGGAACAAACGAGACGGAACAAAUUUCAAGCUUCCAGGUUUAUUCAAAUUUAACCAGGUGAGAACGCAAGAGGCCAGGAUGAGUCUCAUUUGCAAGAGUCACCUUGGGGCAUCAGUCUGCCAGUACCGUUGGUGGAGGGGUGGCACGGUGAUAUUUGCUAUUAUGUACAAUCCCAAUUGUGUGAUUGGAACAAUCGACACGCACUGUUAAAAAUAAUGAGGGUACAACAGAGGCGGGAAGCGGAUCGAUCCUCGACGCGGAAAUCGUGCCGUGACGUUGCGACCGACUGCAACGCGGUAAGAGAGGGCUUCUAGAUUGCUGCGUGAAUACAAAGCGGCCUUGUCAUCCGUUGCGCUGGUCAUGGCCGUUAUUCUUAACGAUCGCUCGUAUCCAUUUCCUUAUUGUAUCGUGGUUGUUUACCUUUUGACGGGUAACUUGGCCACCCACUUUUUGUUGGAACUGUGUCCAUGUCUUUGAGCUAAAAAAGUCAACGAUCCAUGGGCGGUGGUGCUCAUAUCAACCCGCGGCCCUGAGUCAAUGUCACGGAAAAAUUCCAAGCUACAAUGGGGUGAUGAUGAGCCAGUCAGUGCACAGAAGAAUGCCUGCUUUGUUGACCACUUUCAUCUUUAGUGGUGGCUAUUAUUUUUAAAAUCUACAGGGUGGAUGAUGGCCUCAGUUGUAACACCUCAAUGGGAUUCGAUAUCGCAUCGUUAAGGUCGUGAGUUGCACGAUGAAACAGCACUACGCAAUAUUUAGUCCGCUUUCGAAGAGUUAUAUUCUUUGGUUCUUUCAGUUAAGUCGCGUAGAAAAUGUUUCGAAUAGUUGUUGCCGUCCCGUGUAUAUUUUACACGCACAGCCCAACCAUGAAUUUUGCUGCACUGCCUUCUGCUGCCCACCAUGUAACCUAUAACACCUGUUAUGCAUGGCGACCACUCAUCAAAGCACUAUCCAGGCUUUAAAAAAAACCCUGCUUGGCUUGCUAAAUCUGAUCGGGCAGAUGUCAAGUUUCAUCUUCGUACGGCUGACACAUUGAUGUAAGGAGUGGUGUUUCUCAAACUUGUUAGGCCCACGAACCACUCAGCUGAUGAAAACAUGAGGUGGUGGUUGUUGAGUCAGAUAAUCGCGUCGGGAGUCGCGGAGUGGUGCAUCGUCGCUUCUGACGAUGCCGUCUCCUUCGUUUUUUAAUCCUUUAUAUUAAGUUCGCUUGCGUGCUUGCUUGCUUGCUUGCGUGCUUGCGUGCUUGCUUGCUUGCUUACGACCGUGCAAACCUUUCGGUCGUUUUUUAACCCACUUCCCGUGAUCCAAUCGAGCUGACAUUUUGCACACAGACUCGUUGUGCGUGACAAUUAAUGUUCGUGAAAAAAAAUUCCAAAAUUUUACACUGUUUAGGGAAAACAAAUUAAAUAUUUAAUUACCAAUUGUUUAAUACUGCAAUCAUCUGACCCAUAGGUGGCAGCCAUCUCAAGCCAGAGGACGAGAGGACUCUAGCCGCCACGCAUAUAAAGGAUUUAGAGUGAAAAACUUUGUUUUUACGGGUUAUACUUAUUUGUUGUGAAUCUGGAAUCGAGUCAGGGGUACGUUCCCACGGUUCAAUUUCUGGGUGGUGACCACAGUCGCACAGCGAGGAGUUUUUCAGUUUAACACGUAGGUUUUUGCAACCAAUAUCAUCCAUAAUAUAGGUUUGUUUUCGCUAUAUAACCCAAAAAACGUAUAUUAUGGGGAGUUUUUUAAUUGCCAUUUGCGCAUCAUCAGCUCGCCGCAUCAGCCGCCACCAUUUGUGCGGGUGCAGUUUAGAUUCAGAUUUUGAAUGAUUUGAUCACAGGUUUUCGUCGGAUAAGCUAUUUUUUAUCGUAUUAAAUUUUUCACCACGUAAGGCGACCUGGGCACAAAUGAUAGCUCAACGAAGUGAAACAUUUACAGCAGCAAAAUACUCUUAAACGCGUGAUGUUGAUUAAAAAUAUGGUGGGAAAAGCCGGAGGAGCCGGAGGAAAAUCUACGCGACCACGGGGAGAACAUCCAAACUCCAAGUAUACAACAUGUGUCGGGGUCGGGAUGGAACCCACGACCUCCUGUAUACCGGGCGAGGUAGUGAACAUCUCGCCACCGCGGAGCCCCAACGCCCCUGGAUACCCAGUAUAGGGUUCUACAGUAGCAACAUUACUCAAUGGGAUUCAUUAAAAAAAACUUGGAUGCAUUUUUAAAGACUCGACAAUCAAAGGCGGCAAGGUUAAGAGGGCACCGUCGUGGCCAGCGCUGUUUACAUCGCCACAACUCGCCAUCACUUCCUGCUGGCAGAUCCACAGCUGUUGCACAGUCACCACGCCGUCUCCAAGGGACGGAGUUGGUGACUGUGACGCCAUCUGGCCUCCGGUCUCUUCUCCCUCCUCGGCCGCCGACCUAUCAGCUUUGCACGCAGUUGGCGCGUCGAUUCGUCGUAGCUGUUGGUGGCUCCUAUUCAAGGCUCUUCAAGCCAGCGUCCGUUAGAGGCGGCAGCAAGGGUCGGAUCCCCGCGCAAAUGGUGCGCGGCUUCCCCGCGAGCUUCGAGGAAUUGACGUCGGAGAAUAAGAUGCAGCAAAUGCGGACUCCACCUGUUCCAUCUGUGUGGGAUAGUGUUGUCGAACCCCCCCCCCCCCCCUUGAUUCAUGGGUUUUCUCCGGGCUCUCCGGUUUGCUCCCACAUGUAUAAACACUCAUUCGUUUGCCGGUAACGUUUUGCUAAGUAGAGGACCGCAGAGCUUAGGCAAUUGUUGGUGGCUGCUGCUGCCGCCGCCGCCGCCUUCGCCGAUCGUCGGUGGUUCCUCAUCCUCGCAUCUCCGGGUCGUUCUCUCGCUCGUCCAGAGUGAGGCAAAUAAUUGUAGUUGUUUAAAAGUUUCCCAAGGGCGUGAAACGUAAUUCGCAAAGUUAAAAGUGCUUUCCACACCCGAUUUCAGCACGGGGCGGUAGGUCGUCGCCCGCUCGCAUUCCUCAGCCAGUGGUGGAAAUUCAACAUUUCUGUGGCGAGGUGUGGGCCAGGGUGGUGGUGAGUCUUGUUAAGACAACCACUUUUUCAUCUUCUUGGUUCUUUCGGUAAAGUGACGUAGAAGGGAAAUAAUAAAAUAAUAAAAAUAAAACAAUAAAAUCAUUCUCACGACGUUUCGGCCACAACGCAAGCAGCCUUUAAAACCCCCCGCCCACCUACGCAUUUCACAAGUAGUGACUAAUCGCAUAUCUGCAUUUCCCAUAAAUAUGGUAAAUUUCUCUUGAUAUGCAAAUUAUUUUGUCAAGGCGCUCUUCCCCCUCCAACCCAGCCUAAAUACACGCUCUAAGCCUGGUGGUGUUUCAUUCAGACGCUGUCUUCCCGACAGACCUGUUCUUCACCUGAGGACGGCUGCUUGCGUUGUGGCCGAAACGUCGUGAGAAUAAUUUUAUUAUGUUUUAUUUUUAUUAUUUUAUUACUUCCCUUCUACGUGACUUUACCGAAAGAACCAAGAAGAUUAAUCCCUGCAAUCACGAAAGCUUUAAAUCGAAAGACAACCACUGUUUACUUAAUCUCUCAUGGUAUUAAUUGUAUUGACCCCGCCCCAAGGGAUGAGAGGCCGUGUUGACCCCCGACUGGGAUUUGAAGUGGAAACGUGCAUUUUCGAGUAUUUGGCUCCUGCUUUAAAUGUCCGCAUGAUAAGCCGCUUCGUUGAGCUAUCAUUUGUGUCCAGCUCUCUUUUGAAAAAGAGCUAUACAGCUCAGUGGGUUUUUACUUGGUAAAAUAACAAAAAAAUGUUUAUAGUUAGUUAAAACCCUCUCCUACCACUGUGCCUCGUAGUAUUUCUUGCAAGAUUUCAAUCUCGGAUCUAACUUCGAGGACAUUGUUUUGUUCUAGCGUGAGACACAAAGGGGCUGUUUGCUACUUACUGCCGCUAAAUAAUCAACAAACGAUCAAAGUGCUGUCGCUGAAGAAGACGCUACUCGCAGCCAUCGGCAUUUGUUAAUGUUUCUAUUACCAAGCAUAUAUUGUUGGUUGUGUUGUCUUGUUGUUUUGUUGGCGAUACACAUGUACUGACAUUGCCACUGUUUACGUGCAAGCUGUAACACUAAAUAAUAACUUCCACUACUGUAUCAAAAAAACAUUUCGUUUCUAAAAAGGAAGUGCCCGAUUUUUUGUAUUGCCUGUUUUUAAGAUAACUUCGUUGUCGUGAAACAUUGAUAAAAGCAAAAAAAGCACCUCCUCUAAAUGAGGUAAAAUGUACCGAUCCAUAGUUAGUUACCCAAGCGCCUGCGUGAGUUUGGUGCGUACCAUUUGGAAUAGGGGUGUUUGUGUCUCUUUUUAUCCUACCACUCGUGCAGCAACCCACUGCGUGUGACUUCUGUAUUGACACGAGUCUUGAACUGAACUGUUUCUGUUUAAAUCUCAAUUGUAACGGUUUAAAUAAAACAAAUGACAAUCUUGAACUGUUUAUAAA